UGUACCUCCCUAUGGAUGAACAGUACUGCAAGUAAUACUCUUCCUUCCUUCUCAGUUCCUGCAGAACCUUUGUUGUGCAAGUUUGCCGAUGGAGGACAGAAAAAGAGACAGAAUCAGAAUAAAUACAUACAGAAUGGAAGAGCAUGGCACAGAGAAGGCGAGGCUGGAAUGACACUCACUUAUGAUCCAACCACAGCUGCUUUACAAAAUGGAUUUUAUCCAUCACCCUACAGUAUUACAGCAAACAGAAUGAUCACUCAAACAUCUAUUACGCCAUAUAUUGCUUCUCCAGUUUCCACAUACCAGGUUCAGAGUCCUUCUUGGAUGCAGCCUCAACCAUAUAUAAUGCAGCACCCAGGUGCUGUACUGACUCCCUCCAUGGACCAUACCAUGUCACUACAGCCUGCAUCAAUGAUAAGCCCUUUGACGCAGCAGAUGAGUCAUCUUUCAUUAGGCAGUACUGGAACAUACAUGCCAGCCACAACAGCUAUGCAAGGAGCCUACAUACCCCAGUACACGCAUGUCCAGACAGCAGCGGUUCCUGUUGAGGAAGCCAGUGGUCAACAGCAGGUUACGGUAGAGACGUCCAGUGAUCAUUCUCCGUAUACGUAUCAGCAAAAUAAGUAACUGUGAGAUGCCCGGUGUUGACCUGGCCUGGAGAAGGGUGCAAAGGCUGAAACAAUCAUGGAUUUUACUGAUCAAUUGUGCUUUAGGAAUUAUUGACAGUUUUGCACAGGUUCUUGAAAAUGUUAUUUAUAAUGAAAUCAACUAAAACUAUUUUUGCUAUAAGUUCUAUAAGGUGCAUAAGAAAAACCUUAAAUUCAUCUAGUAGCUGUUCCCAUGAACAGGUUUAUUUUAGUAAAAAAAAAUUUUUAUCAAGUGUUAUGGCGCA